AUCCCGGCAUGCAUCGGGGGAUAGGCCUGGCCUUUCAGUUGUGCGGGAGGAUGGCGGCCGCUGGCGCAGAGCCGCAGAUACUGGUACAGUACCUGGUGUUACGAAAGGAUCUAUCAGAGGCGCCGUUUUCCUGGCCAGCGGGCGCAUUGGUAGCACAGGCCUGUCACGCAGCCACCGCGGCCUUGCACAUUCACCGGGACCACCCACACACUGCCGCUUACCUCCGGGAGCUGGGGCGCAUGCGCAAGGUGGUCCUCGAGGCCCCAGAUGAGACCACCUUAAAGUUGCUGGCAGAGACACUGCAACAGAAGAACAUUGACCACAAGCUAUGGGUGGAGCAGCCAGAGAACAUCCCCACUUGCAUUGCACUCCGUCCCUACCCCAAGGAAGAAGUGAACCAGUAUUUGAAGAAGUUCCGAUUGUUCAAAUGACUGAAGUUAUCAAUUGCUUUGAUAUGUUUGAAUAUCAGCUGGAUCCAGAAACUGCACGCCGUCCAUCCCUAAGCACCGUGUACUCCUUUCAGUGGCAAUUCCCUUCCCUUUAAAUUAUGACAGUUUCUUGAGGGUCAAAACAUGGUCAUAUUGGGCUUCCCUGGUGGCGCAGUGGUUGGGAGUCCGCCUGCCGAUGCAGGGGACGCGGGUUCGUGCCCCGAUCCCGGAGGAUCCCACGUGCCGCGGAGCGGCUGGGCCCGCGAGCCAUGGCCGCGGAGCCUGUGUGUCCGGAGCCUGUGCUCCGCAGCGGGAGAGGCCACGGCAGUGAGAGGCCCGCGUACAGCAAAAAAAAAAAAAAAAAAAAAAAAAACAUGGUCAUAUUAAAGUUGUCAUUAAUAAGUAUUUUUAAUUAUAAGUUCAGAUGGGGAAAGUAGGUGAGUAGCAUUAUCAUCUAUGGGUCAUUGCUCAAAUAGAAGAUUUGGUUAGACUCCUAUAUAGGGAUCAAGGAAAUACCCUUACUUUUUUGUUAGGAAUAAUAGAGUUCUUCCAGUUACCCAGGUUUAAAACUUUUCCUUUGAGUUCCCUAUUUCUUACUCACAUCCAGAUAUUGUAAUCAUUGAAUCUUGGACACCAUCAACUUUAAGAUACACCAUUAUUUUACAUGUUGUUAAGAAAGAAGAAAUGCUGCCAACUGAGGCAUGUAAUUUCAUUUCAAAGAUGUUAAAAUGUAUUUGAUUUAAUAAAAUAUGUCAAGUACUA